AGUUCAGCGCGUGACGUCACACAGAAACAGAAGGAGGCGGUGAAAGCAAGAUGGCGUUCCGCGAUAAAGCAGGAAAUAUACUCGGUUUUUAAUAAACCUCUAAUUUUAGAGCGCAUAUCGGAGCUUACGCGAACCAGGGUGAGCGAGAGACGUAUUUGGAGACUGAAGACACCGUAGAAACCGUUAUAGUUAUACUCUAAAUGGCUGCGAGGAAGUCUGGAUCGGAUAACCACAACAACGGUCCCGUCAGUUACCUUGAUGAUGUGCCCUUCAAACUUAAUGAGAAAUUCCGGCCUCCCUCGAAAGUGGGUUUUCCCAUUGACUUCUGUGUUCCUGACUGUAUAUCCAAACUUACAGCACUGCAAUAUGACUUCAGUCUAGAGAGGCGGAGCAUUGAAUGGGGGGAGGAGCUUGACAAAGCACGAGCUGCUGAGGCUCGAGCAGUGGAGGCGGCGCGGGCGCAGUCUGAAAGCGAGAGGCAGGUCGCUCCUAGCGAUACAGAUGUCGGAUUGGUUGGAGGAAAGAAAGCACGCUCCUCUGAGGAGCAGGACCUUAUUCAACCAGCAUUAAACCCAGUUUUGGCUGGCUUAUGGCACAACACAAUGCUUACGCCUCUCCCAGCACCUUCUUUUGAAUCAACGCGGCCAGUCCCUAGCAACCCGGCCCCGCAAAGUCUAAAUUUGGCCGACUUUGAGCGAGAAGAGGACCCGUUUGACAAACUCGAGCUUAAAACACUGGAUGACAAAGAGGAAUUGCGUUGCAUCCUCCAGAGCCAACCGCAAUCGUCAGUGUCAUCAUCUCAGCUUCCUCAAACGGAACCUCGCCCCGCGUCUCCAAGUAGAACGCCUCCUCUUCAGUCAAAAGCAGGAAUCUUCCAUAAACCUAACGGACUUGUUGGACUUCUGGACCAGGGUGGAGUUCUGGGAACCUCAGUGGAACAGAUUGAUGCGGACCGGCCAUGUAACAUUCGCUCACUGACUUUCCCAAAGCUUUCAGACCCGGGAGACUCCUCAUCAGAACCACCUCUGAGCGUUUACCAAGCAACUCCACCCCGUAACCUGUCCAACGGCACACCUUCUUUCCUGCAGAGGACAGUACCCAAGACCAACACAACGAUCACACAGGAACAGUCUGGAUAUGCUCAAAAUGGGACACAGAAACAGUCAAAUUCUAUCACAGCACCCAACCAUCCGGUAAAUGCAUCUGCUACCGUGUUCCUUCUCGGGCUCUCUCCCAGCGAACGGCAGUGUGUGGAAACUAUUGUGGGCAUGGGUUAUUCUUACGAGGGUGUUCUAAAGGCCAUGCAAAAACAGGGACAGAAUGUUGAACAGGUAUUGGAAUACAUGUUCACUUUCAGUCGACUGUGUGACCGAGGCUUUGAUGCCACUUCUGUGGAGGAAUGCCUGGAGAUGUACCAGGGCUCAGAGGAAAAGGCUCUAGAGUUUCUUCAGCUGAUGUCUCGGUUCGGGGAAAUGGGCUUUGAGAGGGACACUAUUAAAGAGGUACUGCUCAUACACUGUAACGACCAGGACAAAGCGCUGGAGGAUCUGAUGGCCCGCGCAACAGCAAGCUGAGCUGGAAGACUCUCCACUCCAAAAGCCACCCCUCCCCUCCCCUUCAAAGAGAGAGCGAGAAGAAGAAAAGGGGGCAAGCGAGGAGUCCCGGAUGUGAUUCUCUUAUCUCUAAGAAAGGACAACUGAUUUCGUACCCUAAUAAAGAUAUACUGUACCUCGUGGGGUGGGGAUUAACGACACCAUCCAAUGGUCUGUUCUUUCCUUCUCCACUGUAUAUCUGUUAAGUGAUCUUAGAAUGGUGGUAAGUGGGGGGAGCCUAUACCCUCCUCAGUGAUGCGUCAUUGGCUAGUUUCUCUAUUGCCGUGGUGACAAGCUGGACUGGGUGGUGCUGAUGGAGAGAUGGGACCGAGUUGAGGCUGAUGAAACCCAGCUAUUAAGAAUAUAGAUGCUCUAAGCUAUUACGCUGCCAUCUCUCGCUGCUGAACGCAGGCUUUCAAAACUGAAACCUGACCGCACAGUCACAGACACAACCCAUGGCAGAACAGAGAACUCACAGAAGUGUCCUCUCUUUGUUUCUGUCUCUGCUGUUCGUCGUUCAUAUGUUGUUUUUAUGUUUGAAAGACAGAAACACUUAUCUAUCUUUGUUUUGUUCUUUUCUGAGAUUGUGUUUCUUUGCCCUAUGAUUAGGAACUGCAUUAACAGAACUAAACAGCGUUAUGUAAGUUGAGAGGAAAAAGCUUUGGUAAACUUUUGCCAAGUUCGCUUUUGCACUGGAAUGAACACAUUUGGCAGGAGUAUUUGGCAGGCGCUCCUGGAAAUGCAAUAUUUGAACACCACCAUGUUUUGCAAACGAUUGACAUGCAAAUACUGCACAGGCACACUGAAUCGCAAACGUUAAUAUAAACAUAUUUAAAGGUCUGUAACGAUACACUGUCAAUCCAUCUGUAAUAAAUAAAUUGGUGCACAGUAUUGAGAUUAACACAUUGAUUUGAGACUUAACGCUGCAAUUUAUUUUGAAAGCUGCAUAGUUGUGCAAUGGAACGAUUUGAAGACUGUGAAUCUUUUGGGUGAUAAGAAACUGAAUUAACUUUUAUAGUCUUGGUCAACACAGGAAAUCUGUUUGUUUAUACAGUAUGUCUCCAUAUUUGAUUGGCCAGCAAGAGAUACUGGCUUCAUAGGAAUUCUCUGGAACUUUAAAAUUAUAGGUCUUAUUUCUAACGUCAUGUUAAACUGACUGUUGUCUAUAAUGGUUGAAUCUCAAAACGAAGUGUCCAGGUUAUAUUUCAUCUCAAAAUCAAAUAUGUAUUUACAUUUUUCACAAGCUUUUUUAAAUUCUGAAUUACAGUAAUGAGAAUUGGAAAAGAGAUGUUGGUUAAUUGUCACGGAAAAGGUAACAUACUAAUAAAUAGGCUUUAGAUAAAAUCAUUUCUAUGUGUAUUAUGAGUUUGGUGUAAAAUAUGACCUGGACUUGACAUUUUGUGAGAUUCGUCCAAAAUGUUAUUUUUUUUACCCCAGUUUGCUAUUGCAUGAAUACGUUCAGCUAAGAUAUUGUGAUUUCCUAAAAGUUAUUUUAGUUGAGAAAUGAUCUGAUCUGGGAUAAAAUUAAAUUAAAUUUUCAAAUCACUCGAAACAUGACUAAAUAAAACUAAAUUAAAUUGCUUAAACACAAAUAUGUUACUGUUGGUACAGUUUAAAUUGUAUUAAGCGCUUGUGUUUCAAUUAAAGUGAUUUGCAUUGGGCACAGAUAAUGUGUUGCUCAAGUGGUCUUUUAAGUGCAAAUGUGCACUUUUCUUCCAGUUUUUCAGCAUUGUAUGUAUAAAAGUAGCUGCUUUAA